CAAUAUGUUUACAGAUCGCAUCGCGUAAAAUAGUGAUUUGUUUGCGGCUGUUUUUCUGGCUGUCCGAGAGAAAAAGUGAUAACUGGGCGUGUAAGAAUUCCGACAGUUUUGUCUACUCUUUAUCGCAUAUCAUCGCACAAUGGACGCGAGCGGUGAACAACCGCCCGCGAUUACGGCCGAGCCCGUUUCCAGCAGCGAGCAAGAGCACAAUGACGAGACUAUGGAGGAAACAGAGGAGUACAAUUACGAUGGGGAUGAAUAUAGGCAUUUCGUGCCGCGUGGCCGUGGCGGCUUUCGGGGUCGUGGCAGAGGUGGGUUUGAUUUCCCUAUGAGAGGUGGGCCUCCAAGGUUUCGGGGAAGAGGUUUUGGACCACGAGGACCAAUGUUUCGUGGAGCAAACAAUGGAUUUCCUUUUGAGGGUCCACCAAGGCCGAACUGUCCUCCUGGCCCAGCUGGACCAAGAUUUCGUGGUCCACCACCAUUCGAUCCUAGUUGGGGACCCAUGGGACCACCAAAUCUAAUGGGGCCUCCAAAUUUAAUGGGUCCUCCAGGAAUGCCACCACCACAUAUAAUGAAUGGUCCUAUUGGUGCAGGACCAGGUCCAUAUGGACCACCUCCUGGAAUGGGACCACCUAACAUGAAUAGCAUUCCAGGACAACAACAGCCAUCUCAACAACAAUCACAACAGCAAGCAAACAUUCCAGGUUUAGAUCUCAAUGGAGAAGUAUGGGUAGAGACAAAAACAUCCGAUGGUAAAUCAUAUUAUUAUAAUAUUCGUACACGAGACACCACUUGGACUAAACCAGAGGGACCAAAUGUGAAGGUCAUGGUGCAAGAUCAGUUAGAACAGUUAGUGCAUGGUGCAUCGAAGCAAGCAGCACGUUCUACCACACCUACUUCGUCCAGUAGCACACCGACUCAACUUAGCGAAAAUAGAAUUUCUCAACCGGGCGAGCAAUCGUCUUCUAAUAAUACGGAUGCCAUUAAUCAAUUAAGCACGGCACCUCCUGGUACUGGACCACCUCCGACAUUAAAUGAUACGCCAGACGUUAGCAAUCCGGCAUCUGAUACAAAUCAAUCCAAUGGUACAGCAUCUACGACAGUUGCUAACACGCCACCGAUAAAUACAUCAACUGUAAAUACGAACAUGAUGCAACCACCUCCGAAUAUGAUACCUAUGCAACAUAGAAUGCCAAAUCAAUUUGGUGGACCGAUCGGUACGCAAUUUGGAACAGCGCCUUUCGGAAUGCCGCCGCCUGGCUUCCAACCCUUCGGUGGCUACGGGCCACCACAAGCAAACUGGGGCAUGCCGCAAAUGCCCCACGGUGUAAUGACACCUCAAGCGCCUGCUGAGGAUCCCGCCAUUUUGGCGCAACUUGACUCUGAAUUAGUGGCAUCUGCUAUGGUUUGGACUGAGCAUCGUGCUCCAGACGGCAGAUUGUACUAUUAUAAUAGCAAAGCUGGAGAAUCAGUAUGGGAAAAGCCACAGGCUCUAAAAGAUCUGGAAAAUGCGAAAUUAGCCCUACGGCAAAAAAACGAAGAAGCCAAUUCUGUACCUACCACUACUGCUACAGUUACGGCUACUAUUAAUAAUGCCAGUAAUAAUGCGGUCGAACCUAAUAAACAAGAGAAGCAGCAGGAGAAUAAUCAUGAAACCAAAGAUAGCGCAAAAGACGCGGAUAGCAAUAAACCGAAGAAAGAAGAGAAUGCUAUGAAAGAGCCUGUGAAACCUCAGGACAAGUCUAGACCAAUUUCCAGUACGCCGGUACCUGGAACUCCGUGGUGCGUUGUUUGGACGGGUGAUGGGCGAGUAUUUUUUUACAAUCCGUCCUCUCGGAUAUCAGUCUGGGAAAGACCAGAUGAUCUUAUUGGUCGUCAGGAUGUAGAUAAGAUGGUGGCAACUCCACCGGAUGCAGUCGGUCCGGCGAAACCAAUACGUCAAUCGGACACUAGCGAAAGUAGCGACGAUGAUCAACCCUCAGCGACCAAGAAAAUGAAACUGGAUGAUACCAAAGGUACACCCGUGAAAGAAGAGGAAGAAAAGGAAGGGAAAAAGACUAUUGACAUCGGUAAGGAAGCCGCGAUAGAAGCCGAGGUGAGAGCAGCCAGGGAGAGAGCGAUAGUUCCGUUGGAGACCAGGAUCAAGUCGUUCAGAGAUAUGCUCGCGGAGAAAGAUGUAUCUGCAUUUAGCACCUGGGAAAAGGAACUCCAUAAAAUAGUAUUCGAUCCACGCUACUUACUCCUGACAUCGAAAGAGAGGAAACAGGUCUUCGAGAAGUACGUGAAGGAAAGAGCGGAAGAAGAAAGGCGGGAGAAGAGGAAUAAAAUGAAAGAACGGAAGGAACAAUUUCAGAAACUUUUGGAAGAAGCUGGACUACAUGGAAAAUCAUCCUUUAGUGAUUUUGCUCAAAAGCACGGAAGGGAUGAACGAUUUAAGAAUGUAGAAAAGAUGCGCGAACGAGAAAGCCUUUUCAACGAAUAUCUUCUGGAAGUGCGAAAGCGGGAGAAAGAAGAAAAAACAGCAAAGCGCGAACAGGUGAAAAAGGAAUUCAUUGCGAUGCUGCGUGAACACAAAGACAUCGACAGGCAUUCGCACUGGAGCGAAUGUAAGAAAAAGUUGGAAACGGAUUGGAGGUACAGGGUCGUAGAAUCAGCGAGCACAAGGGAGGAUUGGUUUAGAGAUUACGUUCGCAUACUGAAGGAUGAGCGCAAAAAGGAGAAGGAGAAAGACAAAGACCACCGGCACAGAGAGAAAGAUCACAAGACGGAGAAGAAGGACAGAGACCGUAAGGAAUCGGACAGGAGUAAAGACGCCAAGUCUACCAAGGACAAAACUGACAAGGAUGGUAUAAAGGAAAAGAAGCAGCGUAGAAGCGAGGCACCUGCUGAGGAAAACGGAAAGGACAAAAAGGAAGCGGUCGUAGAGAAAGAGAGUGGCGAGAUUGAGGAGAAUGACGAAAAGAGCGUCAAAAAGGACAAUGAGAAAGAGGACGGAGAUGACCAUUCCGAUUCGGAGGAGGAUCGUGAGAAACAGAAGAGAGAACGAGAAAGACGGGCGGAAGCCAGUCUUCGAGAACGGGAAAGGGAAGUGCAAAGGACUCUCGCUACGCAUCUCCGCGACAGAGAUAAAGAGAGACAGCAUCACCGUCACACAGAGGCGGUUCAACACUUUAGCGCCCUUCUCGCCGACUUGGUGAGAAACGGUGAUUUAGCGUGGAGAGAAGCGAAGCGGCAACUAAGAAAGGACCAUAGAUGGGAACUGGCCGAAAGUUUAGACCGCGAAGAAAAAGAACGACUGUUUAACGAGCAUAUCGAGCAGCUGGGCCGCAAGAAACGUGACAAAUUCCGGGAAGUACUCGACGAAGUGGGCGCGUCGACAGAGUUAACGGCAUCCUGGAAGGACAUCAAAAAACUGCUCAAGGAUGAUCCUAGAUAUUUGAAGUUUUCUUCUAGUGACCGAAAAUGCGAGAAGGAAUUCAAGGAAUACAUCAAGGAUAAACUGGUUGCUGCUAAAGCGGAUUUCCGAGAACUUUUACAAGAAACAAAAUUAAUCACCGAUAAAACGUACAAAAAGGUUCAGGAAAACAGCGCGUGUUUAGCAGAAAUUGAGGAGAUUUUAAGGAAAGAUCGAAGAUUCCUCGUGCUCGAAGCUGCGGCUGCCGAACGUACCCGUUUGCUAAUGGGUUAUCUGGAAGAGUUAGCGCGUAGAGGUCCUCCGCCACCUCCUACUGCCUCGGAGCCAUCCAGAAGACCAACUACAAAUUGAAGCGCGCGUUGUGCAUCGAAAUAUGGUAUGCAUCUGUCGUUGUGGCAACAAAUGGAUGAAUUUAUAACUAUAGUUGGAUUGUAUAUUGAGGCACACAGAUUAACACAAUAGAAUCACAAGGUGCACCAUUCUAAUGCGUUUAGUAAAACAAAGAGUACCCGCACUAAGGGUAAAGUUUUCGGGCAGCAAGUGCUUCAGAGCGAUGUAUCUGUCUAUCGACCAAUCAUACUACUUAAUUUGACUCUAAGUAUUUGUAGUAUCAAGCGGAUUUUGUCCUAAGCGAUCAAUUGAUAAUAAUUGAAAUACAUAUUCCGACCCUUGAUAGAUUUAGAAUGACGCAACUUUGUAUUGAAUCUAUUGUGCCGAUUUGUGUACUUUAUACAUGCAAGGUUAUUGUCUAUAUAGAGUUCAAUAAAAUUAACGCCAAUUACACAUAA